UCUUAAGUUAUUUAGAGUAUCUCUUUAUUUUAUUUUUAAUUUUUGUUGUUGGGUAUUUUGGUUUUUGUAGUCUCUCUCAUAUGUUAUCUUCCAAAAAUGGCAUAUAGAAUGCUUCUCUCCCUCUCUCUCUUAACCUGUAUUAUUCUGCCAUGAAGCAGUAAUUAAUUCUUAAAUUUCUGCUGAAAAAAAAAAACAAAAAAUCGUUUGAAAUAUAUACAUACAUACAAAAAAAUGGGGAGAGAGAAGAUGAAGAUAAAGAAAAUCGCCAACGUGGCAGCGCGGCAGGUAACAUUGACAAAGAGAAGGAAGGGGCUAUUCAAGAAAGCUGAAGAACUCUCUAUUCUUUGCGAUGCUGAAAUUGGCCUCCUCAUCAUCUCCUCUUCUUCUAUUACCCCAAUUCACUUCUUCACCUAUGCCACCACCAGUCCCUUACACUUUCAUAAAAACCCUCUCCUACACUACACCCAAAAAUACCAUUGCCGGCCAGUUCAACAAACUCCUAACUAGCCGCCCAACUUUGCCACAACCUCCGCUUCGCCGCCCGCCUCACUACCUCCCGGAGUCUACGACUACCCUCUCCACCGUCGACGUCAACAAAACCCUCGACUCGCCAAAAUCUCACAAAUGCCAAAAGGAAAGGUUAACACCCCCUUUCAUCUGUUCCAUAUCUCCCAAGGAACUUCGACCACUUCAACCGGCGAUAAAUGCCACAGUUCCACCAAAUCAAAGCACCACUAUGGCGGCGGUUUGCGUCGGUCUGAUAUGCGAGUGUGGGAUGUGCGGUGGUGGACGACUGAUUUGGGCUGUGAGAGGUAGACGGCCGACACCGGCGGGAGUAUGGGGCGGCAGCGGGACGAGGUAAUUGUCGCGGGUGGUGGUGGAAGUUUGAAGGAAGAGGGGCAGCUCUUGCUUUUUUUUUUCUUUUUUCACAAUAUUUUUAAUUGGGUUUUGGAUAUUCUGCUUUAUUUUAUAUGAGGGAUAAUUUUGUCUUUUCAUUCAAUUCAACAAUUGAAUUUGAUAAA